GCGGUGCUUUAUCCACCCUGUCCUGCUCUGUGUAAGAGGAAACCUUAAACUGCUCAGGCUCCACCAGCUUUAGCCUACUCUCUUCCACUUUCCCUCCCUUUUCACUCACACCCUUUCGGACGUGUGUGCACCCAGGAUGAGAAUGGCAGCAUCACCUGCAAAGAGAAAAGAAAACCCCUGCAAAAUGUUGGCUAUUACCUUGCUACUCAUCGCCUCCCUCAUAAAUACAGGUGUCAUUGCACAGGACCUUGUCGCUGUGACAGCACAGUCGCUGGAGGGACAUGUACGAGGGGAUAUGAUUCCAGGGACAACUAAAUUUCCAGAGCCAGAAAGUUCACAGGGCCAAAUCUUGGUGCUCCCUACUCUAAAGUCUCCAGAACUGGCUGGACAGACUACAGCAGCAGCAGGAAACGACAUGGACAGCAGCCCAGCAGAUGCCGAGAAAGCAGUUGAUGCAGGAACUCAGACCACCGUCAAAGCAAUUACUGAAAAACCCAAAGUGGAGGAAGCGGAAACCCCGGCACCGAUACCUCCCAGAGGUGAUGGCCCCAGGAACAUACCACAGCCAACGCCAAAGGAUGAUGUCAUCUGUGUCAGCAAAGAGGUGGUCCAGAAUAAGAAUGCUGUCAAUCUGAAACUCAAGGAAUCCUCCAGCUGUAAAGACACCAAAGUGAAGAUUGAAAGUGUUCUGCAGGAGCUGUGUGGUGAGGAUUGUAAACUAGAAAUCUACCAAGAGGACAACACUGAUGAAAUCCUUGUGUCUGGAAAGUAUGUUGAAGACGAUGUUACAGGCAUGGCUAACAAAUUCAAUAACGACAACAUCAAAGAUAAGACUGAUGUGGAGGAAGCUGUGCCUCAUUGGGGGAAAAACUCCAAGUUGGUUCUGGUUUCCCUGCUGCUGACCGGCCUUGUGCUUGCUGCACUGCUGGUAGCUGGUUAUUACUUCAAGACCCACCGCAAGAACUCCAAAGGUGUCAGACUGGCGGAUUCUUUCCAGGUAGACGAGGAGAACCAAGCUAAUACGCUGGUGUCUGUGGCCCCCUUGCCCCAGGAGCCCAUCGACAAGCCCACCACCAAUGGAGAAUCUCCACCCGAAAAUGGGACCAGCCAGGUCACCACCACUAACGGACACUCCCAGAAUGCAGUGGCAGACACUGAGAUGUGAAUCUCGACACUCACCACCUGCUCCUGCUAAACCAAUCACAAACUGGGACACAACAUCCACAAGUCCCUCUGCUGCCUCAGAGACUGUCCACACAUUGAGAAAAUGGUAAAUGACAACAACAUGACCGACCCACCAACAAGAUUCACGCCCACUCCUUCUACCCUCACCUUGUACCCACCAGAAUGGUGACGUCAACAAUGAUGACACUCAUCGCGACAAUGACAAUAAUGACAAUGCCUGUAAUGUGAAAAGUUUGGGAUCACUGGCCACGGUGUCAAGAGGAGCCUGUUUGGGACUGGGAUUGAUCAGCAGGAGGCUGUUAGUUGCCCUGACUUCAGCCCUGAAGUGAUCAUUCUAGGAUCAGUAAACAAUGCCAAAUAUGUGACGUUGAUCCCUCACAAAGAAGCAGAGAAUGCAAUUAAACCAAUGAAGGCAGGCAUAAAUAAAACCAGUCUAUGUGAUAUUGUAAAAAGGGCUGACACUCACUGCUUAAUGUUUUCUUUAUGACAUAUAAAGUGAAAAAUAAAUGAUACUGGGGUUAGAAUUUAAAGACAGAUGAAGAUUAUCUCAGAGAUGGCCAUCCUUGAAUAAAAACGGGCCAUUUUUGACAUUCUUCGUAGAAACCAAAGAACGGGUGACAGUAUAAGGUCGACAUUGUUAGGCGAGCAAACAUGAUCUUUGGUUUACUGAAGAAUUAACAUGCCACCCUAACCAUGAUGUUAAAGGUCAGAGAACACUUUGCCUCAGUGCUUAAUAAUGAUAGCAUAACAAAAAACUAUACCUUGAUAACUACUGUUUAUUAGAAUAGCUUGCAAAGCAUACAUUUCUGUUUUAGUGGUUGAACACAGUAUUUUUCAUGACAUCUGUACAGUUGUUGUUUUUUCCAACUUCAAAUAACUUUAACUGUUACGCUUUACCACUGCCUUUGUGAAUAGUUAAGUCCAGCAGCAUUUUUUCCAACCCUUUUUUUUUCAAAAAGGGCGGAACAUAUAGCUUGGGAGUUUUAUAACUUGCCAGGUCGGUAAUCAAAAAUCACUACCAUGAAAUUCCCACAUGACACACAGCAAGUUCAGCAUUCCAAAGACUGCCUUUAUCUCCUUGUUGAUACAAAAAAAUGCAUCAGUGGUCCUUUAUUUUUUUACACUUUUUUUAGCCUCUAAAACUAGGUGCUUUCAUAAUGUCCUGCAUGUGUAAAUAAGCCUGUUUUCUCUGUUAGUAGUAACUGUGUCUGAUUCAUAAACUGUGAUUGUUGACAAUA